AUGCCGCGACUGUGUGUGUGCGCUGCGCUGUUCUUGGCCCUGGCUCUGGCCUCCUCCGAAGCUUCUUGGAAGCCCCGCUCCCAGCUGCAGGAAGCGCCUGCAGAUCUUGGGGCCAAUAGGAGCCCAGAAGCGCAUUGGCCCAACCAGCUGGGCCCAGCCUCUCACCACCGAAGGCAGCUGGGGCUCCAGGGCCCCCCACACCUGGUGGCAGACCUGUCCAAGAAGCAGGGGCCAUGGCUGGAGGAAGAAGAAGAAGCAUAUGGAUGGAUGGACUUCGGCCGCCGCAGUGCUGAGGAGGAGGACCAACGCCCCUAGAACUGCGCUUCAGAGCCCAGCUGUCCCCGAUCCAGUCCAGCCCUACCCCAUGAAAAACCAAUCAAAAUAAACUAGCUUCCAAUGGUUCACAUUGUGUCAAGUGUGGGGCAGGAGAAGGGAGUUGGUGGGGGCAGGGUUGAGAGUUGAGCACCCCCGUAGGGGCAGGGACCAUGAGUAGUUCUUCUCGGUGUUCCCAGCGCCAAACACUAAACAAUCUCCAUGUGUGGG